UGGGGGGACUGGCCGUUUCUUUAGAACAUCGCUAUUUCGGCCAAAGCCUUCCGUUUGGGCAGGCCUCCCACAGUCCCAGCAACAUGAAGUAUCUUACCCUCGACAACGUUAUGGCAGAUGCCGUUUCCUUCAUCGAGCAUAUGAAGGAAACUAACAACGGUGCUUCCGAGAGUAAGGCCAUCAUUGCCAGUGGUUCCUACGGAGGAUUUCUCGCGGCCGCAUUCCGUCUAAACCAUCCUAACACGUUUUUCGGAUCCCUUGCGGCCGCAGGACCCGUCAAAGCGUUCUCCAACAGCAGUAAUCCCGAAACGUACAACUGGUGGAGAUGGGUUAAUCGAGUCUACCUCGACCGUUCCAAAGAGGCCGCAGACAGGAUCCAGAACGCCUUCACCGUCUUACAAAAGCGGCUCCAGACAAUAGACGAUGGAGGUGUGAGUCUGAAAGCAGAGCUCAAUCUAUGUUCUGCGCCUUCUCCGAACGACACCAUUGGCAACCUCCAGCUCGUUCUAGACUUGACCAAUGUCUUUUCAUUCGCUGCCGAACUUAACUAUCCAACUGUUCAGUUGGGUCGAAGCCCAGUUGCUAACCCGUUGGAUAAAAUUAUCAAUAUAGUUCUGACAGAGACCGAUCCUGUGCAAAUCCUGAGUAAGGCAUUCUGGCUUUGGUUUGGAGCUCCAGGUCCAUCUCAUGCUCCAUGCCUUAACUAUACGGAUCCGACUUUCCUCGCCUCUGCCGUUCCACUCAUCGAAACAACGCCAUUUAAUUAUAUUAUCUGCAAUUAUAUCCCUCUGGCAUCAUCUAAUAUCCCUGAAGGGACCAUCUUCCCCGCUUUUCCGACAGCAUCAGACAGUCGGCCCCAAGCCUGUAAGCUUGAGUACGGGCAUUUGCCGAUGACCCAAGAGGAGAUAUUCCAACGCUACCACUUCUCGCCCGAAGACAUCAAGAACUCGACUCGAAUCAUUUGGUCGAACGCCGAAUAUGACCCAACAGCUUCCGUCAGCGUUGAUUAUCUACCCCCCUCAACCGACAUUUGCGCGUCGAGGAUGAUAUUGACAAGCAACAUCGCACAUAGGGAAGAUCUAUUCCUGCCGGGACGUAACGAUAGCCCAACUCUCACGCAAUUGCGCAACAAAGAACUACAGAUCUUCAAAGAGUGGUUGCAGUAUUGCUAAUGGAUCAGACGGAGAGAUGUAGUGUGACGAAAAGUGCCGUUUCUUGUCGCAUGACCUAUACUCCUAAUAUUACCUACCUAAAUAGUUUAAAAUCAAUUAUACCAUCUACCUAUUCAACUAGUAGACCUAUUCUCGCACCUGUUUUGGUUUCCGAAACAUGCUUGUAAUAGUGCCUUGAGGUGUUUCAACACUUCGUAGCGACAGUCUCGAAGCCAAACUUGGUAUAAAGCCGAACGCCCUCAGGUGCUGCAACAACAUAUGCGCAUCGCCCAUUCUGCUCAAUCUCUUCACAUAUCCGUUCCAUCA